CCCGACCCCGACUGCUUGCUGCCAACCUCACUUUUCUUUCUCUCCACCCUCCACUCUCCCUUGAUUUUCGUCACCACCACAUUUACAAAGUCAGAGGACGUUAAUAUUCAAUAAACACUCACCCCCUAUCUCCUUCACCACACCACCACCACCACCACCAGUACCCCCUCACCCCCUCAACAAACAAACAAACAAAAAAAAAAAAGCAAAACAGAAAGAAAAGAAAGGGAAAAAAAAAUGCCCACCCCAACAACCAUCCUCAUAAUCGGCGCCUCCUACGCCGGCCUCCCCAUCGCCCACUCCCUCCUCUCGCACACCCAGACCACCCCGUCUCCCCAAACCAAAACAAAAAUCAUCCUCCUCAACCCCACCCCAACCUUCUACUGGAACGUGGCAUCCCCGCGCAUCCUCACCAAACCCUCCUUCUUCCAACCCGCACAGUACCUCCUCCCCAUCGCGGAGGGGUUCUCGGCCUACAGCUCCAACUCCGACCAAUUCGAGUUUGUCUGUGGCUGGGCGACGGCUAUUGAUCACGUGCGUAAGACGGUGGCGGUUGAUAAGACCCGAUCCAUCAGCUACGACUACCUCGUGCUCGCGUCCGGGAGUUCCCCCAAAGCGACCCUGGGGUUCGUGGAGGGCGAGGCCACGACGGAUGUGUUUCCGUUCAAGACGCCUGCUUGGUCGGAUGACACGCAGGGGAGCAUUGAGGUUGCGCAGCGGGUGGUUUCGGCGGCGAGGCGGGUGGUGAUUGGCGGGGCGGGGCCGAUUGGGGUGGAGACGGCGGGGGAGUUUGGCGAUUUGAUUGCCGAGCGGCAGAUGAAGAUGAAGAUGAAGAUGAAGGGGGGUGGUGAUGGUGAUGGCGAUGGUGAUGGAGAUGGGCUGGAGGUGACGCUGAUAUCCGGCACGGAGCGGGUGUUGUCGAUGCUGAAGCCUUCUGCCAGCGCGGCGGCGGAGGCGGGGUUGAACUCUACUACUACUACUACUACUACUACUACCUCUGCUGCUGCUGCUGCCUCUGAAGAUGGACAUGGACAUGCGCAUGCGGAAACAAACGGAAAAUACACAAUCCACCUAUCCGACAACACGACCCUGCAGUGCGACAUCUACAUCCCCACCACCGGCGUUGUCCCCAACAACAGCUUCAUCCCGUCGUCCGCGCUGGACCCCUACGGCUGGGUGCGCGUCGACAAGGAGCUGCGCGUCGAGGGCAUGGAGGGCGUGUACGCGGCCGGCGACAUCACGAUGCAUUCGCAGCGGCUGGCGUUCAAGGCCGGCGAGCAGGCGGGCGUCGUCGCGGCGAAUCUUCUCGUCGAUGUGACGGGCGCGGGGAAGCGCAAGACGUAUGCGCAGGGGAACUCGGUGCUCAUGCUUGUGCCUGUCGGGGCGAAUGCGGGGACGGGCCAGUUGUUUGGGUGGGUGCCGUGGGGGUGGUUGGUGAGGUGGUUGAAGGGGAGGGAUUUUAUGGUUGCCAGGGCGAGGGGGGUGGUGUUUGGGUAGGUAUGAUACUGUUUAUUAGGGUUGAUGAGGGGAGACGUGGUGAGGAGGG